UCCAGGAUGGUGUUAGCUCCCCAACUGUCAGUUUACAGUAACGCUAGUGACCACGACAGUCUAGUAGAUGUUGAUGUUUUGCUGCCCAUUCCUAAGGGAAUCAUGAUUUCUGUUAAGGUCAAUGCUGACUGCACUUUCGCUGAUAUUAAGGACAAAGUGUGGCAGAAGAUAGCCAACAUGAUGGACCUGGGACCUAAAGAACGGUUCUCGUUUGAAGGUAUUAACGAGAGUGCGAUGAUCGAGAGAUUUGAGGAUGACAAAAUGACACUUCGUGACAGUAAACUAUUUACCUACCUCCUAAAGCUGGUGGAGAUGAGGAUUGUUGAUGUGGAUAAGAAGUUCCUAGCCAACCUGUCCAUGCUGGCCGGAAGAAAUGUCAUAAUGGAGGUUUCCAAGUUUCCUUCUUUGGAAGUGGAGGAAUUUCAUGAUCUGAUGGAGGAAACAGCCCUCAACUACAACAAGUUACGUGCCACACACGACUACAGGACGUUACUAAAGAUAAAAUACCCACUACGACUCAUGAAGAUAGAAGGAACUAUUCUAGAACACGAGCAACUGUACAAUACCAUGCAGUACACGCUGUAUAUUGACUCUUCUUAUCGGCUUAUUCCUAAUUCUACUUCCGGGAAUUGGGAGAAAGUUGAAAACUUUAUGGUGCCAUUCCGUGCCUCAGUACAACUUCUACUAGACGUUCUUGUAGAGGUUGAGAAAUUGGUUCCCAGUAACAACUACCUGCUCAAGAUAUCUGGAUGUGAGGAUUAUCUUUUUGAGGAUAAACUGAUUCUACCUGAGUACAAGUACAUACAAGAUUGUAUUCGAGAUAACAGAAUACCAGAUCUUAUCCUUACUACCUACGAAGAGUUGAUAAAAUCAAACCAAAUCACCAUGAAACCAAGCAACACCUCUAGAGAAACAUUCAAACAACACGAGAUAUUCCCCAUGUCACCUUUACACUUCGAGGGAAACCAGGGAGACAAGUACUCGAGCGAGAUCAAGGAGAAGUUUAGUGUCUGUGUCCGAUCACUGUCUGAUCUAAACCUUGAUCGGAGCCAUCUGGUGCGAGUGUACGUAGCGCUGUACAGUGGCAAGAACCGUCUUGAACAGCUCGUUACGUGUGAGAAACCCAUAACUUCUGUUAUUGAAUGGAAUGAAACACUUACUUUCAAGAUAAAUAUUUCUGAUCUGCCCAGGAACGCAAAACUCUGUUUUUCAAUACAAAAACGUCGUAAAACGGACGACACAAAAAAGAAGAACAAACAAAACGCAGCAGACGAGCAGAUUAUAGUACCCAGCAAGUCAGCUAACCUGUAUUGGAUUAACCUGACUGUGUUCGAUUUUAAGGGCACUCUGAGGCAGGGAGCUAUAGAACAACAUGUUUGGACGGACCUGAGAUCAGAGAGUGGAUUCAACUACACCGGACCUAGCUUCCCAUACGGGCUUUCUGACACACCCAUAUUUACAGUGGAGCUACCAGAAAGCAAGUCCCCAGUAAGGUUCUACCCACUCCUCACUGCCCGGAACUUGGCACUACAAGAUACCGGACCUGGGUCACUGAGUCAGGCGGAACAGAGUGAGCUGACAGUCGCGGAGAGAAGGAAGUUGGAGACUCUACUGAACCACUCAUUUGGGACUUAUCAGAUGACGGAGGAAGAUAACAACUUCCUGUGGAAGAACCGAGUCCACUGCAGAUCCUACCCUCACUCCCUCCCCAAGCUCGUGUUGUCCACCAGUAUGGACUCUUUGGAGAAGUCCACCCAGCUCUAUACUCUGCUAUUAGAUUGGCCUCCUAUCAGUGUGGUUACUGCGCUGCAGUGUUUUCUGCAUGAGAUAAAUGACCCUCAUAUUAGGGAGUUUGCAGUGUACUCACUCGACACACUGCUACCGGACGAUAUGGUCUGCCUAUACCUGUUACAGUUAGUAGAGUGUAUCAAAUACGACCUGUACUUGGACUGUGCACUUACACGGUUUCUGUUGAGGAGGGCUCUCCAGAACAACACUCUUGGUCACUAUCUGUACUGGCACCUCAAAUCUCAGGUGGAUGGUCGACUCUACGGCGCACAGUUUGCUUUAGUAAUAGAGUUUUACUUGCGUUGCUGUGGAGAUCAUAUAGAGGAACUGAACAAGAUAUCAAACUCUAUGUCUAAAAUAGGACUGUUGUACGAGAAGGUCAGCAGGAAGGUCACUCUUGAUGAGAUAAAGUCUACCCUGAACUCCCCGGCAGUUAACAAAACAUUCUGUGGAUUCCAAAACUUGACAGAUCCUCGACAAAGGACAAAAGACAUUCUGGUGGAGAAGACGAAGAUAUUUGAUAGCAGCAUGAGGCCCAUGUUGAUGAAGUUUACCAAUCAGGAUCCAACAUAUAAACUGAACUUUGGGAUAAUCUACAAGGAGGGUGACGAUCUAAGACAAGGUGUUGUUCUCAUCGUUAUCACACACUUUUAGGGAUUGUUUACCACUUCCCCCAUCCUCCCUGAUAAG